AUAUUCGCUUGCUGCUUUAAAAAUAAAUAGUGCAAAAGUCACUUUCAAAGAAGAAAAAAGAAAGAAAAAAUCUCUUUCUUUCUUUCUUUCUGUCUCUCUUUCACUUUGUAAAAAUGGACGAAAGAAAUCACAAGAUUGUUAAUGUAUUAGAAACUUAUUUUAGUGAUGCAUCAUUAUUAUGGGAUAAAAUCAUGUUGAAUAAAAUAAUGUCAAAUCCUGAAGGAAUGGUCUCUUUUACUGAACUUGCUCAAUUAUCAAAAUUCAAAUCAUUAAAAGUUACACCUGAAGAAAUUAAAGAGAAUGCAGAAAAAUAUUGUUUAACACGUUUACAGUUAAGCCAAGAUAAACAAAAAAUAGGACGCAUAAAGCCUUUUGUUAAGGAUAAAAAGGAGGAAUUGGACGAAUGGUCUAUUUAUGUAGAAGGGUUGACGAAACCUUAUAACACAGAGACUGCUAUUAAAGAAUUAUUUAAUUCACAUGUGGGUCAUGUUUCCUUCUUUCGUAUACCACCCAAUAAAAACGCAAGAUAUCAACCAGCAUCUUUUUAUGGUUAUUGUUUUAUUGAAUUUGAUGAUAAAAAAAACGUUGAAAAAGCAAUUCAAUUAUUCAAUCGAUAUGGCAACUCUAAUGAAACAAAUACUAAAUUGAUGGAUAAACUCAAUUUGAGGAUCAUGUCAAAAAUAGAAUGGAAUAGAUUAAAAGAAGAAUAUGUUGAAUUACUUGAAGAACGAAAAGGUUAUUUUAAACGAGUUUGGGAUGAAUAUAACGCUGAGGAAAAUAAAGAAGAAGAAGAAGAAUCAAAUAAAAAGGCAGAUAUAAAAGUGAAGGAUCAUAGAACAGGUACGAUUGUCUUUGUAGAUGGACUUCAUCCAAAGAGUCCAAAGACAAUAGCUAUUUCAUUACUUGAAACUUCCAAUAUCAAAAUUGAAUACAUGAGCCCUAAAAAGAAAGGAUUAACAAGUGUAUAUAUUCGUUUAAGAAAUAAUGAAGAUGCAACCCAGAUUUGUGACUAUUUUAUGCAACACCAUUUCAUUAUUCAACAAGACGAAAAGGAUACAAAGGGUGAAGAGCAAGAGAGUAGAACGAAUGAAUGUAUAAAAUUAAGACUUCUUACAGAGUCUGAGGAAAAGAUUUAUUGGGAGAAUGAUAAAAGAUAAUCAAUUAUUAUUCCUUAUUAUAAUAUAAACUAAAAGCGUCUAAAGAAGUUGUAAUGACAGCUACUAGAAUCUCCAUACCAAUAAGCCAAAUAACAAUCCACUCUAAAUAUUCACCUAAGCAAAUAAAUGAAUGAAUGAAUGAAUGAACAAAAAUGAUUUUUAUGUGUUCUAUUAGUCAACUUACUAUGAGAACUGUUUAAAUGAUCUUUCAACAUUUCUAAUAAAUCACUAAUCACUUCUACUCUUUGAUUCAAGAGUUCUACACGUUGAGAUAUUUCCAAGUAACCUCUUAUAGCGCUAUAUAAAGGCUCUAAAGUAGGUUCUGACCAAAAGAUUUCUGGUGUAUCCAAGAUAUUAGAAACUAAAUUAACAUUAAUUCUCAUGAUGAACAAUUGUCCAAUCUUUUUAGUAAUAGCUGUUCU